AUGGCUUCGCUACUGCGAAAAUUAUUUGGUGCACACAAUAAAAAAGUUACACAAAAAGAUUCGAUCACAGGACGAAAUAAUAGUUUUCCGGUUCCAUAUUUAUCGAAAUUAGAAGGCAAUCAGUUACAACCCGGACAAUCUUUAAUAAUACGAGGAUAUAUUAUAGGUCGAAGUGAAUUCAUAGUAAAUCUAACAAGUGGUGCGAAGGUUGAAAAAGAAGACGAAAAUGAUACGUUGGAUAAUCGACUACUCGUAUUGCGUGCAAAUAUUACCGAGAAAAAGGUUUAUUUGAAUGCAUGCAUUGAUGGACAUUGGGGUCGAGAAGGUUCGGUGAAACACAAAUGGUCUCCAGGUGAUGAGUUCGACAUUCGUAUUCGAUCUCACGACAAACAUUUUGAGAUCUUCAUAGAGCAUAAAUUAAUGGCAAAAUUCACUUAUUAUAUACCGAUUACACAUAUUUCGCAUAUUUAUAUCAAUGGCGACGUUGAACUUUAUUCUGUUUCAUGGGAGGGGAAAUAUUACCAAAUUCCUUAUGCAGCUGAUAUUCCAGCAAAUUUUUAUCCAGGUCGCAAGCUAUACAUAUCAGCAUUGACAAGGAAAAGAGCAAAACAAUUCACAGUUGAUUUUCAUUGUGGUUCAGACAUUGCUUUUCGAUUUAAUCCUAGAAUCGUUGAAAAGAAAAUAAUUCGAAAUACACGAUGUGAUGAUCGUUGGGGUAAUGAAGAGAAAAGUUCGGAAGCAGCGUUUCCUUUCCGAAGAAAGCGAACUUUCGAUUUAUUAUUUUAUUGCGAAGAGAAUCGAUUUGUUUACUAUGUGGAUGAUUGCUUAAUAGGUACAUACAAUCAUCGGUUAGGUCCGCGUGAUAUCGAUAAAUUAAGUAUCGACGGUGAUAUCGAUCUUCAAGGAGUCCAUUUGAAGUGA